CGAGGCCACCAAGCCCGUAUAAAAUGACCCUAAAUUUUCCGAGGCCGAGGGCAGAAGGCGCUCGAUUCCUUUUUUCUCCUUCGCCUUCGGCGUCAGAUCUCUUCUCGGUUCUCUCUCUGUUCUCGAUCUCGGAGAAGCCAUGGCGGAUCAGCUCACGGACGACCAGAUCUCUGAGUUCAAGGAGGCCUUCAGCUUGUUCGACAAAGACGGAGACGGUUGCAUCACGACUAAGGAGUUGGGAACUGUGAUGCGGUCACUGGGGCAGAAUCCAACUGCAGAGUUGCAGGACAUGAUAAAUGAGGUUGAUGCUGAUGGCAAUGGAACUAUUGACUUCCCAGAAUUCCUCAACCUGAUGGCCCGUAAGAUGAAGGAUACUGACUCAGAGGAGGAACUCAAGGAGGCCUUCCGAGUGUUUGACAAGGAUCAGAAUGGCUUCAUCUCAGCUGCUGAGCUCCGCCAUGUCAUGACCAACCUUGGUGAGCUGACAGAUGAGGAGCGUUGACGAAGAUGAUCCGUGAGGCUUGAUGUUGAUGGUGACGGCCAGAUCAACUAGGAAUUUGUCAAAGUCAUGAUGGCCAAGUGACCCUCUCUGACAUGAAAAAUAUGAGGAAUAUCACGGAAGAUAUGCAGUAAAAUGGAUCCCAUUCCCUCUUAUGCAGGUAGUUUAUCUGGAUAGCUUUAGUUGUGAAACCAAAACAGGGAUGCCUGUUGCUCUCUCUUCUUUUGUGUCUUGUGUGGUACUGUUCAUUGUACUAUUCAUCCAUGGUUCUGUGAUUUUGUCCUGUCUGUUUCAAUCUGAGUGUUUUGGUUUUGCUUGAAUCAA